UGUGGACCUGGGAAUAUCGGACCACCGGCGCUGUCCGGAAUUUCCAUUUAUUGGGUCUUUUUGCUAGAAGGUCAUUAAUAACGACAAAGCAAUCACUUAUUCUCGUUCACAGAGCAAAAGAAGGUUUGAGAGGGAUUGCAAGGAGGCAGACCGGGCGCAGCAGUACUUCGAGAAAAUGGACGCGGAUAUUAACGUGACAAAAGCAGAUGUCGAAAAAAAUCGUCUGGCAGUUGUGAGGUGCAUGGCUGCAGCCGGCGGGGCCAUAAUGCCCAAGCACGAACAGAUCCUCAUCCUUGACCCGCCCAACGAGCUCAAAUUCAGAGGUCCGUUUACGGAUGUUGUCACCACAAAUCUCAAGCUUCGAAAUCCAUCAGAAAGAAAAGUGUGUUUCAAGGUGAAAACUACAGCCCCCCGACGUUACUGUGUGCGACCAAAUAUGUGUGCGACCAAAUGCGGUACAAUAGACCCUGGGGCUACAGUAACGGUCUCUGUAAUGCUACAGCCCUUCGACUAUGACCCAAAUGAAAAGAGUAAACAUAAGUUCAUGGUACAGACAAUAUUUGCACCGUCAAAUACAUCAGAUAUGGAAGUCGUGUGGAAAGACGCAAAGCCUGAUGAUCUUAUGGAUUCAAAAUUAAGAUGCGUGUUUGACAUGCCACACGAACAUGAGAAGCCGACACAUGAAUCUUCUAAACUCUUUACCUGUCUGCCUGGAUCAAAAGGCAGUGCUUCCAUGGAUGAUACUGAAACACGGAAGCUAGUGGAGGAAUGUAAGAGACUUCAGUCUGAAAUAAUACAGCUGUCAGAUGAAAAACUCCGCCGUGUCUUCUUCUGUGAACUCUAUGAUGACGUAAGACACAUUGGCCAGAACCUGCCAAAUUCAGAAGAGGUUUUAGCACCGGUUUUUUAUAUGAAGAUAAAAAUAAAAAAAAAACUUCACUGAACCCUUUCAGAAAAACUGAACUCGAUAACUGAUAAGUGAAUCUGAAAACAGGCAAUAUCAAAAGGUACUCGGGCUUCUUAAAGCAAUACUUAUCACUAGCAUUUGGGGUAAUGAUGGAACGUGCUAAUCUCUUUAGGAAUACAAAGGGUUAUUUGAAUGCGUUUGCAGGUCUGUGCAAUAAACAAAAUAAAA